AGGAUGUGGCACCAGAUGGAGACCCAGACUGUGCAGCGGGAGCUGGAAACUCUUCCAACCACCAAGAUGGCUCAGACCAAUCCUAUGCCAGGGUCCUUGGGGCCAUGGAAGAUAACCAUCUAUGAUCAGGAGAAUUUCCAGGGCAAGAGGAUGGAGUUCACCAGCUCCUGCCCAAAUGUCUCUGAGCGUAGUUUUGAUAAUGUCCGUUCCCUCAAGGUGGAGUGUGGCGCCUGGAUUGGUUACGAGCAUACCAGCUUUUGUGGACAACAGUUUAUCCUGGAGAGAGGUGAAUACCCACGAUGGGAUGCCUGGAGUGGGAGCAAUGCCUACCAUAUUGAGCGUCUCAUGUCCUUCCGCCCCAUCUGUUCGGCUAAUCAUAAAGAGUCUAAGAUUACCAUCUUUGAGAAAGAGAACUUUAUUGGACGCCAGUGGGAGAUCUGUGAUGACUACCCUUCCUUACAAGCCAUGGGUUGGUUCAACAAUGAAGUUGGUUCCAUGAAGAUACAAUGUGGGGCCUGGGUUUGCUACCAGUACCCUGGAUAUCGUGGUUAUCAAUAUAUCUUGGAAUGUGACCAUCAUGGAGGAGACUACAAACACUGGAGAGAGUGGGGGUCUCAUGCCCAGACUUCUCAGAUCCAAUCAAUUCGCCGUAUCCAACAGUAGUGGAUCAAAAGUUCCAAAUUUCCUCAAGCAUGAAACCUUACUAAGCACUCUAGAAUUUUAUGUUCUGCCCAGACACUGCUUCCAAAUGUUAGCUGCUAAAAUCCACAAUAAAUGUCAUUUAAAAAAAAAAAAAAGCUUUGGAGAC